UCUGUGUGUAGUGUGGCAAGACCAGCUGUUGGGUCUGCAUACUACCAAACAUGUAUCAAGUAGAAAUAAUGGAAAAAUUACCGAAAAGGGCUAGCCUAGAUCAAACUCCAACUCCAUUGUGUGCCUAUAAAAAUGAAGGACGAAACAUCUAAUUUGGUCAACAAAAAUUCUAAACCGCUGUUGGGUUUUGUUGUAUUUUUGGGUGGGAUAAUAAAGAAAUGGGUUCCGAAGAUCACCAAUUUAGUGAUGAUUAUCUGAUACUGAAGCCGGAGGAAGCAACUCUGCUGGAUCUGUUUCUCUUCAUACUUCCAUUCGGUUUCAGAAAGAUCAGAAAGCUGGUCGAUUGCCCCGCCGCCAAAGAAAACUCUUACAGAAGCAUACAAAGCCGACUCAUUAUCUUCGUCUCCAUUUUGUUCCAGAAGCUCGUUCUCGCCAUCUCCAACCUGGCCAAGAAGUUCAAGUUGAUGCGAGGAAAGCUUUGGGCGGUGUCUUAUAAACCUUAUGCACCGAAAGUGAACUGUAGAGAUUGGAAAAUAGGUGGGGAGAAGAACGUAAAAUUACCUGAAGACAAUUUCAAAUAUUACAGCGCCCUAACAGUUAUGGCUUCGCAGUUGGCGUACACAGAUUAUUCACCUCAACCCAACAUUGUCCAGACUGUUGUCGAAGGCUGCUGGAAGAUGAAUCUAAUAAACACUUACAAAUUUCGGAAUGGAUUCAUAGAGAAAGCUAGGACUUGCGCUUUUAUGUUUCAGACAACAUCAACAGACCCAAACGUCAUAAUAUUGGCAUUCAAAGGCACCUCCCAGUGCUGUGAUUGUGCCGUAGAUGUGAACUUCUCCUGGUGCAGUAUCCCUGGCGUCGGCAGGAUCCACAUGGGCUUCAUGCAAGCACUCGGCCUACAGGAAGCCUUUCACUGGCCCGACGAACUCCCUAAACCUAACAGCGAUUUCGCAUAUUACACUCUCCGUCAACAACUUAGAGACAUUGCCAAAUCCAACGAUAACGCGAGGUUCAUCUUCACGGGCCACAGCUUGGGCGGAGCCCUCGCAGUCCUCUUCGUCACCAUCCUCGCCUACCACAAUGAGUCCGAUGUGCUGGAGAAGCUGCAGGCUGUCUACACCUUCGGCCAACCCAGAGUUGGCGAUCCCAAGUUUGCUCAGUUCAUGGAAAACACUACCAAAAAAUAUGACUUCAAAUAUUAUAGAUACGUUUACUCAUUUGACUUGGUGUCCAGAAUUCCUUUCAAUUGCGGUGAUUUUUUCUGUAGCUACAAACAUUUCGGCGGAUGCGUCUACUUUGACUGCUGCUACAAUGGCAAGUUUCUGGAGGAGCAGCCAAACAAUAACUACUACUGGCCAAUUUAUCUGAUACCGCAGUUCUUGGCUGCAUUGUGGGAGUUUAUAAGAAGUUUAAUGAUCCCACUGGUCAAGUGUUCUUGGGAUUACUUCGAGGGAUUUGGUAACUUAAAGAAUAGGGUGUUGGGGUUGUUCAUUCCAGCAACAUCAGCUCACAUGUUGUUGAAUUAUAUUAAUUCCACCCGUUAUGGGAAAAUACAACCAUCCAAAGAUAUCAAAAAAGCCUAAUCCUCCAAGCUGGUGGGAUUAGCAUAUUCUUAGAAAUUUGUGAGCUAGUUCGUAAAAACUUGUCCUUUCGGUUUAGUAGAAUCUAGGAGUUACAGGGCUAUGUAGCUGGUCGGAUUAGCAUAUUCGUAGCUAAAUUUAAAAUAAAUAAACUCGUGUAUUAACCAUAGAUCGGCUCCUUGAUCUUAGGUUAUGCAAACCUAAUUAACCUACGAGUCAAACAUGUGUUUUAUGUUUUGUAAUUGAUUUAAAUGUUGUAAGUGUGAGUACUUUAAUA